UUUAUUUUUUUUAUUGCUCUAUUGAUAUCACAGAGUAUAUUGUAAUAGUAGGGAAAUUGAUAUUUAUUAUUAGCAAAGAGUCGUUAUACCUAAUUUCUAUGAAUGAAAAUUUUAAUCUCCUCAAUUAACCACGGUUUACACACUGUUGUACUGUCAAAACCGGAUUCUAUCUUCGGACUUUAAUAAUUUAUUUUUAAUUUUAACACAUAUCGUUAGCCAAAAUCAUCGGCGAAAAGCUGAUGUAGCUAUCGUCUAUAAAUAAAAUAAGAACAAUGAAAACUUUAAUUUACUUUGUUUUAUUUACUUCAAGUGCGGUGUGAAAUAUGCGAAAUGUGAUUUAGUACAAAAAAUAAUUAAGUUUUAUUUAAGUUCCCGUAUUUACAAUUUCGAAUAGUAUUCUUAUACGUAAUAAAGAUGAAACUUCUAAACAUCAUAAGUCUCAGCGUAUUUCAAAUUUUGUCAUGUAUCUUUCUUGUGGGAUACCUUUUUGGUAUAUUAAAUAAUUAUUUUAGUGACAAACAUAAUUAUUGUGCUAUGACAUAUAUGUAUGAAUAUCCUCAGUUUGUGCGUAUAUCAUUGGAAGAAAAUAAAAUAUAUCCACAAUAUGCACUCUAUGCUUAUAGCGAAGGAAGAUUUACAGAAAGAGCUAGAAAAAUGUGGUUUGAUGGUAUUCCAGUUCUGUUCCUACCUGGUAAUUCUGGCAGUCACAUGCAAGCUAGAUCCAUAGCAUCGGUAGCUUUAAGAAAGUCAUUAUCACAAGAAUAUGAAUACCACUUUGAUUUUUUCACAAUUAGCUUUAAUGAAGAGCUAUCAGGGCUAUAUGGGGGUGUUCUUCAAAGCCAAACGCAAUUUGCAGCUGAUUGCAUAACCAAAAUAUUAAGUCUAUACAAAAGUAAUGGGUAUACCAAAACAGUACCUACGUCAGUUAUUCUCAUUGGACACUCAAUGGGUGGACUCAUAGCUAAGCGUCUCUUAGCUUAUCCGAGUACAAUAAACUCGACAAAUAUAGCAAUAACAUUGGCUGCACCGAUAAAAGCACCCGUUGUCAACUUCGAUUCAAUCAUUAACGGUUAUUACGUACAAAUGAACUUGGAAUGGGAUGAUCAUAUUAAACAGAAUAAAAUUGUCGAGGAAAAUAAAUUUCUAAUAAGCAUCGGAAGUGGUGCUCGCGACGUCCUGGUUCCUGCUGGACUGACAUCUUCAAACAACAGUUAUAUUAGUACAUUGGCAACCGCAAUUCCCGGAGUGUGGCUGUCACCAGACCACGUCAGUAUGGUGUGGUGCAAACAACUCGUGAUGGUGAUAAACCGUUUCCUCUUCAGUAUAAUUAAUUCGUCUACGAAACAAGUGACGGAGAAUAGCAUGAAAAUAGCGGCAAAAGCACGGCAAUUCUUUCAGGCAAAUCGUUCGAUAGAAUUAGACCCACAAGCGAUACGACCAAACGUGAUCAUGCAAGCUGAUUCGUUCUGGUACGAAGAUAAUAGAAGAAUUUAUCAGAUAUUACGACCGGAGAUUGAAAGGACCACGCACUUGAUGAUACGCCUCGUUAGUUUCCCUCAAAAUCGUUUCGUGGCCAUCGAGGCCGUGAACGUCGACGAUAAAGACUGGAUAUUCGGAUGCAACGCGAAAAACAUCCACAAUUCAUACAGAUAUUGUAAAGAAGCGACGUCGCUCAGCGAACUAAGUCGUUGGACGUCAGCGGCUACUGACUUCGGCAAAAGAAAGUUAGCGACGGUACAUUUACAUAGACUUAUGGAAUUAGCACCCGAUUGGACACACGUUGUAGUCAAAGUGUCACCUACAAGGAAACCGAUUGUACUAAACGUUGACAUCAACGAUCACGCAUCAAGGGAGAUUGAUGUUCAACUACCCUCAGAUUUUACAUUCGGUAAACAAAUAAUAAAAGCCGCAACGGAACCUAAUAGCUUAUAUUACGAACUAAUUCUCUCUGAUUUCAAGUUUAUCCACCAAGCUUAUCUACUAUACAUUGAACCGGCGAAUGAUUGUAAAAAGGAAUAUCACGUAUCAGCCGAACUACAUGUGCCUUGGGCAAAGAAUCACGAGACCUAUCAUUAUUUUACACACUUAAAACGCACUCCAAUGAAAUUAAGAUUGUUCCAAAGCAAUCCUAAUGUGACACUAGGUUUAGAAGCUGUUGAAAAGGUUAAGGUAACACUUCUAUUGGAUCCAAACUGCACCUUCACUAUUAGUAUAUCAACGUCGUGGUACCAUCGCUUAGGUCAGUUCUCACGUAACUACACUCCGUUAUUGGUACCAUAUCUAGCGGCUAUAGUUUUGUUAGCAGCUAGAACUAUAAUACUCAGCUUAAAGGAGCGCGGCUCUUGCGUCUCGAUACACAGCGCCCUUAUGAGCGAGGGCGUCAAACCGUACUACGUGUUGGUCUUCGGGAGAUUGGGUAGCAUGGCCUGGGUAUCAAUACCGUUCCUAGCGGUUUUUAGGGAAAACGCAUCUUGGAAUAAUCACGAACUGCAAUACUUCACUCAGUCUCUGCUUGUGUUGCCAGUGUAUAUGACUGCUUUGGGUAUACUGAAUGUAGCCGCUGCAGCUAUAUUGGCUGUGAUGCUGUUUUCAUCGCAAUUGACUCACCGAUUAUUAUACAGGAUAAUAUGGCGUAGAGGUACAGGGAUGGCUGAAAGAAUCGGAACGGGAUUACAGAAAGUACCGCUGAUCAUGAGCUCCAUACUCGUAUGCGCCAUCCCUUUUUCUUGCGGGGCGGCUUCUCUUGCCAUGGGCGCUGCUUUCUAUUUGUUUAUGCUAUCAAAAAUGUAUGAAGAAUACCUCGAAGAUUAUGUUUACAGACUGAUGUCGAAAAUAGCUAGUCGUGUUUGUAGAAUGUUCAUACCUAAGAAAAAAGAUAUCUCGAAAACGAGCCUCAAUCAACAAAACGAAUCGACGGAAGGGAAUUCGGUGGAAAAUACCGAGGCCGUCGAGGACAAUAGUCGCACAGAUAAAAAUGAUAACGCUGGAAAUGACAAAUCAAAUGAAAAUAAUAAUGACGAUACAAAAGCAUCGAUCCCUAAGAAUAUGGAUGGAAAUGAUAAAUGCGAUGGUGUUGAAGAAAAUCGUGUCGACGAUGAUUUGAAUAAUAUAAACUUUCAUGUGAUGAUGUUUUUCCUGUGGAUGAUUGUGACGAUUCUUAAUGUACCCGCUCUGUUGACGUGGGCUCGAAACUUUAAGUACAGUAUGGCCUUGAAACCCGAUACAUCCUACUUAACUGGUACAGCAUUAUCAGUAGCUUCUUCUAUUGUGUGGCAAAUAGAUGGACCUAAGAAGAAUUUAAGACAUUAUGAAGCAGUGGCGUCUCUACUCUUCAGAAUGGCGGUAUUGAUUUUAGUUUUAGGGCCAUUUUCUUUAUCUACAGUUAAUUAUGGAGUUACGUUUAUGUUUAUAAUUAUCACACUACAGCAAUUGUGUGAUGUUGAUGAUUCGAACCAAGUAACUUCAGAACGACCUUCAGAAGACACCGAUAAAAAAGAAGAUCCACCGCGUAACAAAAGAAAUCUGGAAAUGGAUACUAAACAAACGGACACGGAAAAUAAAAAUGAAGGAAGCAAUGAAUCAAAUACAGAAUCGAAGAGUGAAAAUUUUACUGCAAGUAACGAUAAUACCAGUGAUUGUGACACGUGCAAUGAGAACAGAAUAUACAAUAUAUUCAAAAAUCUCAGAGAGAAGUUUAGUUUCAAUGACAGUUUAGAAAAUUGAAAGAAGGAAGAAGAGGUUCGCUUAAAUCGAAAAUAAAAAUCAUCAUAUCAAAAAUUUCGAUCUAG